AUGUUGAAUAGUGGUGUUUGUUUGCAGUCGGCAUCAGCUGUUUGGGAUUUCUGUGCAUUGGCAUCUGAAGGUAAUCGACUGCCAGAAGAGGACAUACGAAAGACGAUAUCAUUCUGUGCAUCAUUACUGAAUGUUUUUGGAGCGCUUACCGUGACCCUGGAACGUUUUUCAGAGCAAUUAUCACUGUUCUAUUUGCAUUUCGAGUCGGUGGUCGUUCAACUUCUUCAAAAGGUAAUCGCGCACUCCGUGAUUGUUGCGUUGAUUUGGUAUGAAAUAUUCGUUUGUUUAGCGUUGUGCCUUUAA